AUGACGGAAAUGCUGGAUAUGAAGUUGCAAAUGUUGAAGUCUAAAAACUCGCUUAAAACAGGAAGAAGCCACGAAGUCUCCAAUAUAACAGAAGAUGAACAAGACCACCAAAUGAAAACUCAAGGGAGGGCCCAAUUCCAGGACAUUGAUUCGCCCAGUCCAACGCCUGUGUCCAUAUGGGAAACCAUUCAAAACCUUGCUUAUCCCAACAGUCCCAACAGCCUUGCCUCAAAAGAAAUGGUAAAGAAACCUCCCACUCAACUUGUGGACUCGCCCCUCAAGACAGAGUCUUGGCUAGGAGACAGAGGCCCCUCGGUUCCAGGGCAUUUAGGAGCGCAAGCCACUUACAAGUUGCCCACGUUGGAGGUGCCAACCUUCUCAGGAGAGAGCUCCAAGCAGUUCUUUAAAUGGUGGCCAUCCUUUCGGGACGUCUAUCAGCAAAAUCCAGGCCUGGAUUCAGCCAGUAAGCUCGCCUAUUUGAAGCGCCACUUGAAAGGACACGCCCUCCAAGUAGCAUCGUCCCACAGCACCUAUGACGACGCAAUUGGAAACCUUCAUCAGAUUUAUGGAAAGGAACGGGACUUGUUCAGUGAAAUGACGAUGGAGUUGGACCAAUUGAAAGAGAAAAACGUCAACCUGUUGGAUUUAUUAUUGGCGGUUAAUAGUUAUGUAGCGUUGUUCAAGUUAAUCGACCAAGAUUCACGGCAACUAGCUGCCCUCUUAAUCCAACCCAUCGAGCACAAGCUACCAAUGGAAGUUCUGCUUCAGUGGAGGGUAAGAGUUCAGACAAUGGACAAGUGCGGAGAACCUGUCCUAAUUAGCGACUUUUCUCAGUUCCUGAUUGACUCCAUAAACCUGUAUGAUUCCCCAUUGGUACAAGCGCGAACCACCCAACAGAAAAAGGAAAGGAAAUCUGAGAAAUUGGCGGCUCCACAGCAAGCAAGAAGAUCUCUGCCCGCAGAACCCAAGUCCACCUUGAUGUUCAAUGCAGUGGGCUCCAUGCAGUACAAAAAGUGCCCAUUUUGUCAAGGAAAGCCUCAUGUGGAAGUUCGAAAAUGUAGAAAAGUGAACGCCUUUCCACCAGGAACAAUCAAACAAUUGGCUCAGACUAACCAUCUGUGCUACAUGUGCCUGACACACCACGGGCGCAAGAACUGCAGUACUCCACGAUGCAAGAAGUGCAAUGGAGCACACCAUGCUCUACUUCAUAUGGACUAUUAUGACUGCAAGGAAAACGUCCAUCCUGGGAACCAAAGGGCCGCCAGAAGGACACCUGUCCACUCCAUUAGACCACGAGAGAACCCAUGGAAUUCCGAAAACCAGAAAAGCCAACAACAGCGGCCCCCAAGUCAGGAAGACAGAGCUGCUAAGAGAGACCCCACCCCUGAGACGCGUUUGGCGUUAACCAGCCUAGCCCCAAAAGCAAUGGAAUCCGUCCUGCCAGUACUUGAACUCAAAAUAAAGGGCCCAGAUGGACACUCCAUGGGAAUCUAUGCAUUGUUAGACUCUGGAUGCACCACCUCCUUCAUCAAAAGAUCGCUGGCCUCGGCGUUGGGUCUACGAGGUUCCUCGGUUAGUCUUCAGAUACAAACCCUAGGGAACAACCUCACCGUAGAAAAAAACCACAAGUUGGUCAACUUCACAAUUGAAAAUGCAACUGUUUCUUUAAGCAUGACAGCCGCCACUAUCAAAACCAUCUGCUCAGAUAUCCGAACCAUCAACUACACCACUGAGGAAAGCAUAAAUAUGGCGUGCCCAAGGAAGACAGGAAAAGUGCCCAUUAGUCUCCUUAUUGGCGUGGACUAUCUUGGAGAAAUAUACGGUACCCACAGAACGUCGACAAAAAACUGGGGAUUGAGCCUAAUCUCUACCAAAUUUGGCCACUGCCUAAUGGGCUCAACAUCAAAACACUCACCCCCCCAUAGAGGUAACCAGUCAACCGCAAUGCAGACAGUGACCGUGAUGAUGGGAAAAACCUCAAUUGAACAGGACCUAGAAAAGCUGUGGACUCUUGAAGCAAUGGGCAUACUAGAUCAAGAGGAAGAGAAGUGGACAGCCAGCGAACUCCAAGCGGUUCAACACUUCCAGCAAAACACAAAGUUGGAAGGGAAACGAUAUGAGGUGUCUCUACCGUUUUCAGAGCCAACUCCACCAAUUGAGAACAACUUCAUCCAAGCUCUGAAUUGCUUGGAGGCAUUGGAACGUAGGUGGUCAAGGGACGCAGAGUUUGCCGCCGCGUACAAAAACGCCAUGGAGGAAUACUUUGAGCGGGGCUAUGCUCAUGUCUUAGCUAAUGACGAAUUGGAAAAAAACCAAGGGGUGUUCUAUCUACCACAUUCGGCAGUAAAGAGAGAGGAAUCUACCUCAACAAAAAUGAGAAUUGUGUUUAACGCGUCAGCUGUAUACAAGGGAUCCUCCCUUAAUCAGUUCACCUUAACAGGGCCGAAACUGCAAAAAGACAUCUUAGACAUCUUGUUGAAAAUGCGAACCAAGCGAAUCGUGGUGGCAGGCGACAUUUCAAAAAUGUUUCUGCAAAUCAAAAUAACUGACAACGAUCGAAACUACGUUCGGUUCCUGUGGAGAGACCAAAGGACAGAACGAUUAACAGUUUGCCAGUUCUCCAGUCUGGUGUUUGGGCUGUCGUGUUCCCCAUUCCUGGCAAACGCCGUCAUUCAAGACUUGGCCAACAGAAACGCCCAAGUGAAUCCCAUGGCCAGUUAUACCUUGAAAAACGACAUCUAUGUCGACGACGUGUUCAUCUAUGCCGACACGGCAGAUGAGGCCCUGGAGAAUCUGAGACAGGUCACCAAUACCUUGGAACAAGGCAGUUUCAAACUCACUAAAUUCUUUUCCAACAGCCCAAUUGUUUGUAAGGCCAUUCCCUCUGAAGAACUGAAUCCAAAAGCACUAUUGCAUCUCAAACCACAUGAGCAGAAAGGAAAAGCUUUGGGAGUUGCGUUCCACACCAAUACAGAUGAGCUGGUGUUCCAAGUGCAUGCCUUAACCAACCAAUGGAAAUCCACUCCCAUAGAAACCAAGCGCUCCGUAUUGUCAAAACUAGCCGGCAUUUUUGACCCCCUAGGGUUAGUGGCCCCCCAAACAAUACGUCUCAAAAUUUGCAUGCAAAACAUAUGGAAACGGGGCAACAUCAAUUGGAAUGACACCCUCCCAACGUAA